CACCACAGGUCACACUGCGUCGCGUUUUGUUGUGAAAAUUGUGAUUGAAUUAAGGGCAAAAUGAAUCCGAACAUGAAUAUGAUGCAAAUGUCGGGGCCACCCAUGAUGCAAGUGUCGCCGAUGAUGCAGUCAUCGCCACAGCCAAUGAUGCCAACUGGUCCACCCGGUCCCGUAUCCCUGCAACACCAACAACAACAGCAGCAACAGCAGCAGCAGCAACAACAACAACAACAGCAACAACAGGCGGAAAAAUUGGACAACAUUUCGAGAGUGAAAAGUCUUUUGGGACCGCUUCGCGAAUCCAUGUUUCUCACCAUACGCUCGAGUGCAUUCACACUGCAACAGAACAAUCUGGCCGAUAAUUUGAAGCGGGACACAGGGGGACACGGGCACAUGCCGCGCUUCGACAAGCACCUGGAGGACUUCUAUGCGUGCUGCGACCAGAUGGAAGUGCAUCUGAAGACCGCCAUUCAAUGCAUGCAACAAUUGACAUCGUCGCAGCAUUAUCUGCCUGGCGCUGUGACUGCCAUGCGCAUGGAUAACUUUAUGACAGAUAAUCCCGCCGGUCACAUACCAUAUCCCACUUAUUUGAAUACGGUUCGGGUGCAUGUGCAGUCCGCCAAGGAUAUUCACGAUACGCUGAUCAGUGCUGCCCAAAAUAUAUCACAGGCCGAUUGAUAAUUGUAGUACGCUUUAUGUUUAAUUAUAAUGAAUUACUAUUAAGCUUAUGAUUUAAGUGAAAUUAUACUAAACUCAAGGUUUUCCUAUCUUACGA